GAUAGCAGCAGAGACAGGAACCAAAAAGAUGAAGAUGUGUUUGGGAGACACCACUCCUGAGCUUAGUGGGUUUCUAAGAAAAUAGAAUUGAAAGAAGAACUUGAAUCAGAAAUAAAAGGAAUUCUCUCACCACAUUUUUCAGGGACUCAAGAAAGCAAAAUUUCAUCAGAAUAGAUUUGAGAAAACAAUAUCCAAUCAGGUGGAUUUGAUUCACUUAUUCAUUUUAUAGUUGCAUUUUCAAAUUUGAAGAAUUUUGCAUUAUUCCUAGUUUUUAAUUUGGACUGAAUAUAGUCCUAAGAGAUCUGAAAAAUAGAUAUAUUUUGAAGAUUGGCUUAUACAUUCAUAGGAAACCCAGGAAGUGAGUAGACACUAAAUCCUAGAGAUAAUGAAGUUUUCUAACUGAAACAGCUUGUUUUCUUAGUAAAUUCAGACUGACAAUGGAAAGCAAAAUAAACUGAAACGUCAGAAUUGAGAGAGCCGUCUAGAGAAUUCCAGCAUCCCACUUGUCAGCUGGUAGAGUCUAUUUGUGGCCGUGUUCCACGCCUGCAGGAGAAGAAAGCGGUGACCACACUCAAUCUAAAAUGGAGGAAUCCACAAUCAGCUAGAUCCAGCUCUGCAAAACAGCAGAGAUCAGCCAUAUACACACAACCUGAGCUAUGAAAAACAUGAACAAUGUAUCAGAAUUCAUCCUGCUGGGCCUCACUCACAAUCCAGAACUGCAGAAACUCUUGUUUAUUAUGUUUUUAAUCACCUACUUGAUCACACUGGCAGGUAACCUGCUCAUCUCAGUCAUCAUCUUCAUCAGCCCAGCCCUGGAUUCCCCCAUGUACUUUUUUCUGUCCUGUUUGUCCAUUAGAGAUGUUUUCUACUCUUCUUCCAUAGCCCCUAAAAUGAUCUUUGACUUGAUCUCUGAAAAGAACACCAUAUCCUUCAAUGGCUGCAUGACUCAGCUCUUCGCAGAACAUUUCUUUGCGGCAGCUGAGAUCAUCUUAUUAAGUGUCAUGGCCUACGACCGCUAUGUGGCCAUCUGUAAGCCCUUGCACUAUGCAACCAUCAUGAGUCACCCUAUGUGUGGAUUCCUGAUGGGGGUGGCUGGGAUUCUGGGAUUUGUGCAUGGAGGGAUCCAGACUUUGUUCAUAGCCCAGUUACCAUUCUGUGGCCCCAAUGUCAUCGACCACUUUAUGUGUGAUUUAGUACCUCUUCUAGAGCUGGCCUGCACAGACACUCACACCUUGGGGCCUCUGAUAGCUGCCAACAGUGGAUCAUUGUGUUUCCUCAUUUUUUCCAUGCUGGUUGCUUCCCAUGUCAUCAUCCUGUGCUCCCUAAGGACUCAUAUCUCUGAAGGGCGUCACAAAGCUCUGUCUAGUUGUACCUCUCAUCUCUUUGUUGUCAUCUUAUUCUUUGUCCCUUGUUCAUACCUGUAUCUAAGACCUCUAACCUCCUUCCCCACUGACAAAGCUGUGACUGUGUUUUGCACCCUAUUUACACCUAUGUUGAACCCUUUAAUCUACACCCUCAAAAAUAAGGAAGUGAAAAAUGUCAUUGAGAAGCUCUGGAAGCCAUAAUGAAAACUGAUAAUAAAUAAAUCUUAUGACACAAACAUUUAGGCAACAAUAUCUGGUGAUAUUUUAUAGAGAGUUAUUCUAUUUCUUGAUCGAUUAAACUUGGGACAGUCAAUUAUCUUAUCCUGUCUCCAUCAAUUUUUAUUAGGAGGACAUAUAGUAGGCUGCGCUGACAUAUUCAUUA